AUCCACUGCUAUUGUAAGCUAUAUUAUUACAGCUUGUAGCUUCCAUAAUAUUUAAGUUUCUGGCUCUCAUUACCUUUCAAUUCCAGAUGAAAUCAUUCGCAAAUCCGGCCUCAAGAGCUCUACAGCAACGAGGACUCAUCAACUCACGUACUCAAUUCGUCAACAACUUCAACCGUGCUUCUACCGCAAAGAUGUCUUCCUCCGUAGGCGAGCUCAAGAUUGAGAACACCAACAUCAAGACUGCUCCUGGUGUCGAGCUUUCCCAAUCACAAAAGACUAUUGUCGGAAGCGUACUCGACCUCUUCGCUGGCCGGCCUUCUCUUCCCAAGCUCCAACUAUGGAAGGAUGACGCCGAGUUCACAGACCCCAUUACCAUCUCAAAAGGCCGCGAAAAGUACUCCGCCCAGUGGUACGGUCUCCAGGCUGCCUUCAGCGAGAUUGAGCGCCUGCACCACGAGGUCAAGAGCGCCGGCAACCCCAUAUCCAUUGACAUGAAGACCCGCUAUGUCAUCAAGGGUAUCGGCAAGGAACAAACCGUCUCUAGCGUCGUCAACAUCUACACCGAGGGCGACAAGAUCGUCAAAGUCGAGGACAAAUGGGACGGCAAGCUCCCUGACUCUGCUUUCGCUGAUGUUUUCCGCAAGCUGAACGCUUACACCGUUCCGCUGAUCGUUGGAGUGCCAAAGAACGCCGAGGAGGACGCCAAGAAGGGCAACCAGUGAUGGAGUGAAUUUCACCCUCGAACCGC